UCUAACCUCUGCUUGAGUUGUGACAAUUUUCACCACGUGUUUGUGUUGUUUUUGUGUAUUGUGACUUAAUUUGUGGUUUAAUGAAUGAAUAAUAAUAUCAUAAUGAAUAUGAAAGAAUUGGAAUUAGAAGAGAAUUCAGAUGUUGAACAAGAAAUUCAUUCAGAUGACGAUUUAUGUGAUGAAAAUGAAAUAAAAAGACAAUUUCCAAUUUGCGAAUUAUUAGGUGAUGAACAAAUAUCAAAUGAUAAAUAUAUUUUACAUAUAACUGGGACCAAUGAUAGCAAUCCCAAUAUUGGUGUAGCAUUAGCAGAUGAUUCUUUUCAAGUAUUUAAUUUAAAUAACACACAAUUGCAAAGCAGUGCAACACUUAGGGGAAACACAGGGCCAAUUAUUGACUGUAAAUUUAGUCAAGAUAAUAGAAAUUUAGUAUAUACAUGCUCAAGUGAUGGCUUUAUUAAAAUAUGGGAUUUAAGAACACAGACCACAGUUAAUACCUUUGUAGAUACAACAUGUACUGGUGAUGAGAAGAAAACAUUUAAUUCUUUUGAUAUAUCACCAAAUGGAAAGUUAUUAACUGCAGGAACUGACUUAUUUGGAGGAGAUGCAUUCAUUCUAUUUUGGGAUGUUAGGAAUGUAAAAUUAUUGGGUGGUUAUUGGGAAUCACAUACUGAUGAUAUUACUCAGGUGAAGUUUGACCCUACUGACAGUAACAAACUUAUAUCUGGUUCAACUGAUGGAUUAAUAAAUAUUUACGAUUUAUCACAAUCUGAUGAGGAUGAUGCAUUAAUUGAUUCAUUGAACACUGAGUCUUCUGUUGAAAAAUUGCAGUGGUAUAAAGAAGACAACAAUGAUUAUAUUACAUGUAUCACCCACACUGCAGAUGUACAAUUGUGGAAAACUGAAGAUGCUGAACCCUCAUAUCAUUUCAGAAGAAGUCAAGUUGCACAAGAAAUAAUGAGGAAAAGUGAAAAUUAUAUUUAUGUAGUUAACACACAUGAAGCAAAGAACUCUUUAUUAAUUCUGGCAGGUUCAAAUGUAAAUGAUGGUGAAUGUUUUAGAAGUUUGCAAUGUUCUAAAGGAACUUUACAUCCUGGAAUCAGUUUUCCUAAUAAUAAACAAAGAGUUCGUGCCAGUUAUUUUAACAAACAUAGUAACAUUUUACUGACUGGAGGAGAGAAAGGAAUUUUAAAUGUAUGGAAGGCAGAUUUGCCAGAAGUGGAAAGAUUGAAAAGAAAAUAAACCAGAAAGUCAUUUGAA